UGGCUCCGGUUACUUUAUCAUGAGCAUCACCGUCAGUUAAUAUCCUGGUCUUCGGCACGAAGGCAUAAAACGUAAGGAGCUGCGCGUGAUCGUGCGAGUCCUUGCUGUUAAAGUGUACUGUGAUUGUCUCUUAAAACAUUGUUGAUGGCAAAGUUGAAUAAUUUAUCGAGGAUGCCGACGUCGGUUUCAAGAUUCCUCAACUUACUGGCAUUACUGAUUGUCAGUAUCAAUGCGCAAAAUUCGCGAACGGACUGCAGAGUUGACGGCCAGGUAGGCGCGUGUAUAUCUGCUCGCGAAUGCCCGAUGGUGUCCACCAUCCUGCAGCAAUCGCGCGAUCAAGCGAUCACGUACCUGAGGCGCAAUCAUUGCGGCUUCGAAGGUAUGAAUCCGCUGGUGUGCUGCAUAGGCAAUGCAAAUAUCAACAUCCGUCCUAGCGAAACCAUAAUAAAUCCCGGAUCCACCCCGGGAUGGAAUUCGCAGCCAUCUAGCUCGCCACUUAACGAGAACAUCCAGGUAAAUUUAGCGGACAAUCCGUUGCUGCCGAGCGACUGCGGCCGAGAUCUGUCACAGAGAAUCGUGGGCGGCGAACGCACCGAGCUCGGCGAGUUCCCUUGGAUGGCGUUAUUGGAGUAUCAGAAACCCAACGGUAGGACGACAGCGUGCGGCGGUGUCCUGAUCAAUAAGCGCUACAUCCUCACCGCCGCCCAUUGCAUCAAGGGCAAGGAUCUGCCGUCCAACUGGCGGCUGACCAGCGUUCGUCUGGGCGAGUACGACACCGACACCGAGCGCGAUUGCGUGCCUGAUAGCGAAGACAGCGUGGUGUGUGCUGAUGAUACCGUCACCGUAGGCGUGGAGGAACAAAUCGCUCAUGAGGAAUACCGGCCGCUGUCACGGGACCAACGUUAUGACAUCGCGCUGUUGCGUCUCAGUCGAGAUGUAUCGUUCACCAACUUCAUCAAACCCAUCUGUUUGCCGUCCAACACGUCGCUCAACGGCAAACUCGUCGUAGCCGGUUGGGGCAAGACGGAGACCCGCUCGGCGUCCAACGUCAAGCUAAAGCUGGCGUUGCCGCUAGCGGAUAAGGAACAAUGCGAUCAGACCUACAGCAACGCCGGUAUCCAGCUGGGCUACGGACAGAUUUGCGCGGGCGGUCAGAAGGGCAAGGACUCGUGUCGGGGCGACUCAGGAGGUCCUCUUAUGUCCGUCGAGAGAAUCGCCGAUGGCACCGGCAGAUGGGCCGCCGUGGGCGUUGUGUCCUUUGGACCAUCGCCAUGCGGCAUGCAGGGCUGGCCCGGUGUCUACACCAGAGUGAUAGACUUCGUUCCUUGGAUCGUUAGUAAACUGAGACCAUAAUAUACAAAGGAUACAAAGGAAAUCGUCUCUGAAUAUCGCUACAAAGACUCUUUCGAGAGAAUGAAUUAGAGAUAAAAUUAAAACUACGCUAAUUAACAUAUUUCUGCAAUCUGAGAAAAAUUACGUUAGUAGGAAUAAUUGAAGCCUAACAAAUAUUCAUCUCUACGUUAUUAAAACAAAGUAAUGUAUAAAGAAUUGUUUUCCAAUUUUUUUUUGACAAAAUUGAUGAGAAGAAUGCAUUUGGAACAAAUUCUUGAUCAUGAUAAAUAUGCAUUAUGCAUUAAUAAGGUAAAUACUCGAUAUUAUAUAUAAUAUUGAUCAAAAUUUAACGUCUUUUCCUUGCAUUAGAAUAAAAAGUUAGUGCAAUAGUUUUGACUGCAUUGAAAAAUUAGUCAGUCUGUAUUCUAUAAUAUUCCACAAAUAUACUUAAUACUAAAAAAAAUGUAUAGCUAAGCGAUGUUAAUUGCUCAUUUUAUCUGCAUUUAUGAUAUAUAUUUAUAACAACGUUUUUAAAUAUUUUUAUAAAUUUUAUUUAAAUAAAGUGCAGUUUUUUAUUGUACAGAUUUAAAAUAAACUUUGCAAUAUUAAUAAUCGAUAAAUCGAUAUUAUAAAAAUGUUUGAAUGUAUUAAGAAUGUCAGUGUGUAUAAUGCUGAAAAAAUGUUUCCUUUUUUUGUUUUUUAACUUUUAACAGUGCAUAAUUAAAAAUAAAAUUUUUUCUUAAAUGUAUUGUAUUAAUAAUCAAGUAUUACUUUUUUUAUACAUAUUAUAUUUUAAAAUAAUUUUCUUUCUUUUAACAUUUAUGUUAUAUAUAUAUAUAUAUAUAUAUAUAUAUAUAUAUAUAUAUAUAUAUGUGAUAUCGGAAAAAUCGUGAUAAAAGAAGAAACAAAAAAAAUUCUUUAUGCAAAUGCAAGUUGAACAUGUAGAAUAAAAUGUUUUUAUACAAACUUUGCUUUCGAAAAAACACAAUUUUCGAUGCAUCCUUUAUACAUAUAAUUAUGUCAAAUUUUUGGUGCGUUUUACAUAAAUAUCUACAUAUUUGAAAAAUAUGAUGUUUACCAUCGCCACCUCUAUCAACACAAUUUUAUUUAUUUAAUAUAAAAUAAACCAACAUUAAUUUUUCUGGUAA